AUGGCAGACGUCGAGAAGUCGCAUCAUGCCGUGGGACUCGAGCGCACGCUCUCAAAGAACUCCGAUUCUCACCUCAGCGAUCAGUCACGAAUCGAUGUCUUCACGCCAGAAGAGCAGAAGAAGAUCAUUCGCAGGAUCGACAUUCGACUUGUCCUGACAUGCGGCUUCAUGUACUGCGUGUCCUUGAUGGACAGGACGAAUCUGGGCAUCGCCAGCGUCGGUGGCAUGGGUGUCGAUCUGCACACCAACCAAGGCUUCCGCUACAGCACAAUCACCCUCGUCUUUUUCAUCACCUACGUUCUCCUCCAGCCCCCGGCGACCGUUGUACUUCGCAAACUCGGCCCCCGCGUCUUUCUACCAACCAUUACAGUCCUGUGGGGUGCCACGGCGAUGUGCUUCGGUUUCCUUCGGACCUGGGAGCAGAUGAUUCCUCUGCGCCUGAUCUUGGGUAUCUUUGAGGCGGGUUUCUUCCCAGGAUGUGCAUACCUUCUUUCAUGCUGGUACCCACGGUUCGAACUUCAGAAGCGCAACGCGGUGUUCUACCUCAUCGGAUCGAUGGCCUCUGCGUUCUCCGGUAUUCUUGCCUAUGGGUAUGAAAUUGAUGAACGGAACCAUAGUGCAUCUGGGACAAUCGCUAAUCCGUUUUGA